AUGAUGGGAGUAACCGUCCCUCCUCCUGCGCCACAGGCGCCUCGAGCCGGGAGUGCAGCUCUUCUGGCAUCUCAACCAGUACCAAAAUGGAAGGGGAAGGGGAAAGGGAAAUCUUCCCAGCCCCCUCCCCUUUCCCACUCCGCUCCGUCUGCUGUGGUGGUGGAGGCGUCGCCAUCGGUGUCCACACUGACGGCACAGGCUAACCCGCCACGGCAGACAACCAAAUCCAAGCCUACUCCUGCUCCCCGUGGUCGAACUACUGCUGCUCCAUUGCCACAACAAAAACCUUGCCCGACUAGCGGUCUUACGAUAACAAAAAACAGGGAAAAGAAUAAACGCAAAAAAUUGAAAAAAAAGGCAAGGAAAAAGGAAGAAAAAGCAAGAAGGGGCAUACCAGAGCCUAUAGUGCCGGAUCCCCCAUCGAGAACCCAUGUCGAAACCAUGGAGGUCUCUGAGGCCUCCCCACCAGCCCAAUUAUCGACAACAAGCCCGCAAUUGCCUUCGGCCCAUCCGGCCGAAGGUAAUAUAGAUAAUUUAAAUAGUCAGCCCCCCCUUCCCCCCCGCCCUCAGCGCGAGCGCCGCAGCGAUCGACAGGCCUCUCAGCCUACCGGCUUUGCUGCAUGGCUGCUGGCACUCUGGGAUCUCCGGAGUCAUCCGCGAGAUCGCCUCGGGCGCUAG